GGAAAAUUGAACCCAGGCCUCGUGCGUCCGCCAGCGGAUUGAAACGGUGAAGUCUCUGCUUGACUCUUGAAGAUGUCCAAAUUGCGCAUUACCGUGCUCAUCUCGGGCAACGGAUCCAACCUUCAAGCUCUGAUCGACGACGUAGAUCAGAAACUCGCAGACACGGUCAUCGUGAGGGUCAUCUCGAACCGCAAAGGCGCAUAUGGUCUCGUGCGCGCUGAGAAGGCUGGCAUACCGACCGCGUAUCAUAACUUGCUAUCCUACAAACGAAAGUACCAGGACCAGGAGCAGAAAGCACGGGAAGAAUAUGAUGCCGACCUCGCGGAGCUCAUACUGAAGGACGAGCCAAACCUUGUCGUCUGCGCUGGAUUUAUGCAUGUGCUGAGUCCCAAAUUCUUGGAGCCAUUAGAGAAGAACAAUGUCUCCAUUAUAAACUUGCAUCCAGCCCUGAGAGGGCAGUAUAAUGGUGCCAAUGCAAUUGAACGAGCACACAAAGACUUUAUGGAAGGCAAAAUUACGCAGACUGGUGUUAUGAUACAUUAUGUUAUCUCGGAAGUUGACAUGGGCGAGCCUAUUUUGCAGCAGCCCGUACAGCUUAGUCAUCCAGAGGACGACAAUAUCGAGGACCUCGAGGCUCGAAUACAUGAGAUCGAGCACAAGGCUAUCGUUGAGGGGACUAGAAUAGCCGCGGAACGAAUUCGUAAUGCGCGGAAGGCGUGAAGCAGCUGUUUCUCACCUUACUCGAUUGGCAGAUAUCUGCUCUACGAGGCUUCUUUGCGACACAACCUAGCCGUGCAGAUAGUGGGCCAGGCUCAUACUGUUCUAUGUUUUGUAGAUCGUUGAGGUGAUUGCCCAGCUCUGUGCGCGGCUUCGCUUUUAGUCAGAGUCAUGAUCUUUAGAAAAAUCACCAAGAAGCACGUCGUCUGGUGCAGGCCCACGAUUGGUUCGUACUGCGAUGGCUGUUAGCGCUUGUCAGGGCGAAAGCAUAAGUCUGAAGCAUUACCCCACUCCGUCUCUACUCUGAAAAAUAUCCAAAUCCAU